AAAAUUGCCUUGGACAUGAUGUUAAAGCCAACACAGGAUGCUUACAGUAGCUCGUGCACUUGCCAAGACUCAGCAGACAGUGUGUUUGUUUUCCUGAAGAUGGUCGCGUUAAGAGGACUUUAUCACAGGUUCUCCCGACUGGCUAAAGUUGCUGCACAAAAGCAAUUCAGGGAAUAUGACAAAUGGUGCACCAUAACCACUGGCAUGAUGGCGGACAAAAAGAGCCAGGCAGUGUCGGACGGAGAGUUGAACAUGUCUGCACGGGGCUGUGGAGGCAGCAGCUCCAGCCUUCCAGGGACUCCGGGCGGAGAGAGCGGCCCAGCCAACAGUGUGCUGUCCUGGGCCGUCUCAUUUGAGAAGCUGUUGGAGGACCCCUUUGGAGUCCGCCAGUUCACGGCUUUCUUGAUGUCUGAGGUGAGCGCGGAGAACAUUUUAUUCUGGCAAGCUUGUGAAAAAUUCAGGAAGAUCCCAGCCAGCUCCUUGGAAGAGCUGAAAACAGCAGCUCGCUCCAUCUACAACACCUACCUGUCUGACAGCGCUCCAUACUCGGUCAACAUCGAUGACACAGCCAAGACAGAAGAAAAGGACCUGGAACAGCCCACACCUGGCAUGUUUAACAAGGCUCAAGCACAGAUAUUUAAACUGAUGAAGAUGGACAGCUACAGGCGCUUUGUGCGCUCUCCUCUCUACCAGAGCUGCACCUUGGGAAGCGUAGAAGGUAAACCUUUACUUCAGCUCUCUACAGAGCCGGUCCGCAUGGGAUCCUGGGAGGACGUGGCCACCAGAAGCCCCUUAAGUGACAAGAAGAACAAGAAGUCAUGCUCCAACAGCUUGCCAGGUGGCAAGAGUGCUUCGGAGAAACAGCGACAGAAAAGAGACUCGUGGGGAGAUGCAUCCAACACCCAUAGUUCAGUGUCGCGGAAAGAGUCCAAUAUGUCAGUCAAGUCAAGCAGCAGUGUGGAGCUUGGCUCCCUCUACCAGCAGAUGGAGAAUGGCAGAUCGAGUACCCAGUCUCCAGAACAGGGUGGUAGAGGUGGGAGUCGGAUAGGGGUGGAGGGAGGCUACUGCUGUGUCUACCUACCCGAUGGCAGUGCCUCCCUGGCCCCUACGCGUAAUGGCCAACCCAUCAAAGACAUGCUGACUAGCCUGUGUGAGAAGAGAGGCUUUCCGCUGAAAGAUGUCAUCAUCUACCUUCAUGGCAAGGACAAGCAGCCCUUAUCGCUGGACCAGGACUGCUCCGUUCUGAGAGAUCAGCAGGUCUCUCUGGAGCUCAGGGUGACGUUUGCGCUGGAGAUUGCCUUCACUGGUAAGACAGUUGGGAUCAUGGCAAAGUCCAGUAAGACGCUGCAGGACGCCCUCUCUGCGGUGCUGCAGAAACACCAACUCAAGCCGCAAGAGGCCGUGGUCACCAUGGUUGGAAGCAACGAGCCUUUGAACAUGACCAGCACUGUGUUCAGACUAGCGAACAAGGUGCUGCGACUUGAAAAAACCAAAGGAAAAGACCAGACCAACAGAGGCAGUGGUUCUGCUUUAGCCACACCGGCAGGAGCAGUGAGUGCAGGAGGGCUGGAGGCCCAAUCAUCGCUGCAAACCGACAGAGCCAAGACUCAGUCCAAGCCCGGUAAAUACCGCGACAUGGAGGGGCUUCUGGACAUGCUGUCGAGGGCCCAGUGCUGCAGAGUUGAUGACCAGCGAGGCCUUUUGACCAAAGAGCAGCUAGAGGUCCCUCUGUUCCUGAAGCUGGCCUCAGACCAGGGCCAGGACACAGAGCCAGACGAGCCGAGUACAACCAGCUCUUCCAAUGCAAGUUCAGCUGAAACCCCGGACUCUGCCGAAUCUAAAGCCAAAGACUUAAGGGAAACAUCAGUUUGAAAGACUUCUGUGUGUGUGAUGGACAAAGACACAAUCAGAAACGACAUCAAACAUCUCACAACAUCAUGAGACCAAUCGUGUCAAAAGACGACGAAAAAUGGUCAAGCACUUUUUUUUUAUAAUUGUUUACAAAUAAGCUCUGAAAGCAGUGUGCCACCAUCUCUGCUACUGAUAAUUGGCCUCUUGAGGCAAUAUGUAAAGAAGAAGAAAGAUCAUGGCAAGCAUUUACAGUGUCAUUUGGAAACACUACAGAUGUUAAUGGGAAGAAUGUUUGCUAUGAAAUGUUUUGAAAAGAAGUUUUAGCUCAAAAUUUCACCCUGAAGCCAAUGUGUUUGCUGUGUUUAUCGUUUAACGCUGUAAAGUUCACAUUGCUUACAUUUCUCACAAUCUCACAUCGUAGUAAUGCUUUUCUCUGAACUCUAAGCAAAAACAUGUUUCUGCACAGGACUGUCCAGAAGGGGGUUUUGAAGUGUAUUGCACAAUUGUUUUUUUUUGUUCUUCUUUAUUUGAAUUGAAGAGAAUAUUUUUACUGAGAUGAGUUUUUAAUAUUUUAAAUUACAAAUUUUCAUUCUGUGUGCUCACUUGCUAUUUUCAAAUGUGUUUGCGGUACUUAAAUUUAACUGUUUGCUGUGAUGGCACUUUUAGCCCUGGUCAAGUCCUGUUUUCCUGUCACCUUAGACAACAUCUCAGGGUCCAGAUCAUGAAUGUGUAAUGAGAUAUAAUGGAAUGAAUCCGAUGAUGUGAACAUCAACAUAUACCGCAGGGUGUAUCCAAACAAUUAAAUUGUUUCAUGAUGAAAUAGGAUCCUGUUUGCCUGGUUUUGUUGUUGGGGGAGUGAGACGUUAAAUUACAGCUUUUAGCCCUCUAUGAGGAAUCUUUUGGAUGAAUCACUAAGGUUAGUUUCUGGCUUGACAAAUGCUACGUGAUUUGGUUUUCUAUGUGGUGCAGCCAGGCCCCACUGGCUGUAUGACUCAUGCAGUGUAAAACAAGUCUAAUGUGCAUCUGUCUGUAGGUGUAAAUUGUAACUAGCUUUGAUUGCAUUAUCUUGUGCCUUUGUUGUAUCCUGGUUCAGAGACCUCCUCCUAAAUGGCAUCAUGUAAUGAUGCUGUUUUGCACAUUUUUGACAUUGGAUCAUUGCAGUGCUGUGAUUGGCUCUUUAUGAAGGGUUUCUAGCCAAUGGCUUGCUUAAUCUGUCUACAUACUUGUUGCUGGAAGGUGUUUUCCAGUUGAAGGGCCUGGGAGGACUAUUAUGGGGUGCAUUUGGCUGUUGUAUGGGUUACAAAACAAAUUAUGAGUCAUAGAUGGAUUCAUCCACAUGGAUGAUGUCAGCAGCAUCUAAGUGACAGUAUGGGCUUUAGGAAGCGUCUCAUUUGCCAACCUUGUAGAAAUGAUUGUCUCUGAAGUAAUUAACCUUAGACAACGAACAGUGCUAUGUAAGAAACCAUUGUUUGUCACACUGUGUGUGUGUGUGUUGUGUCCGUCCAUGCAUGAGUGGUGUGUUGGCAGAACUAUGAAUGGGCAGAGAGGGGUGUGCUCUCACAGACACCAUAGCAGCAGUGAGAUGAGGAGUGCCAUCUACUCCACCGCACGUCUGUACUGAGAGAAGGAAGAAGGGAGAGAAGGAGCUGCACAACCACAGCAUUCCAAAGGAUAUCAUCUAAUCCUAAACCCACGUCAGCACUGAACUUCUCCUGAGACAAAUCUUCAAGUCAGCAAUGGAACAGAAGGCGAAUGAGUGUCCCACCACCACCUCUCCUCAGAAGCGCAUGAAGAACAGGUCCAAAUCCACAGAGGAGAUGCAACAGACGAAGAAGGCAUUUUCCUCACAAAAAUCACUCCCGGGCAGACCAGAGCUGGAGAAAGUGAAGGAGUCUCCUGACUCUGACACGCCGUCGUCCUCCAUGGAGGAGCUAAAGUGAUAAAUGGAAGGACAGUUCAUCAAGUUACAAGAUCAUCAUAAACACAACAUACAUGACAUGUACAUAUGAACACAGGGAAACAUACAAAAUAUUAUAAAAGAUAAUAGUGAACUACAUUGGGCCUAUAAAACACACAAGCAAUGAUUUUAUUAUUGGUUAAAGGACAUUGAAGACACACAUAAACUCACACACACUGAAACAAUCACUUGUAAACACCCGUGAUGAUGCCGUUUCAUUGUACUGUGAUUGUUGUAUACAUACCACACUGAAUGUGUAUUAUUGAAAAUAAAUUGAUGCUGUUGAGUGAA